AUUUGUUAUUAAGCAACUUAAACAUUGUUGCUGAUUUUUUUCCGAAGGUGUGACUGGAGUUCUAGAUCUUCCUCCAUUUCCUGAGAGCUCUGUUGAUCAGAGGUAUUCCUUUAAACUGCAUGUGUGGGGAUACCAAAGAGAACGAUUGGUAUUCAUCAACACAACCACUCUACGCUUCAACCCCAGGAGUUUCUCCACCUUCAUCCAGACUGAUAAACACAACUAUAGACCAGGAGACACGGUCAAAAUGAGAGUCCUGUCCGUCCAACCAGACGGCAAGCCACACAAGGGCCGUGUGUAUGUCUCGAUAAGGGAUCCCAAAGGGAACCUCAUCCAAGGGUGGCCGUCCCUGAACAGUUACCUGGGCGUUGUGUCCAAAGAAUUCCACUUGUCUCAGACCACUCCCCUCGGCAUAUGGACCAUCGAGACCAUGGUGGAUGAGUUGACCACAGAGGAGCAGUUCGUGGUGGAUUACUAUGAGCCGCCCCACUUUAAUGUGCAGGUAAAGACGGCCCCAGAGAUUGUCAUGGUAGACGACCUCUCAGGGACUGUGACUGCUCAACACGCCAAUGGACAGCCAGUCCAGGGGACACUGUCUGUCACCGUUACUCUGGUGUCUGCUUUGUUCAACUCUGGCCGUCCAACCAUUGUCCAUAAUGCAACUAAAGAUAUUCAUGGGUCGACCCAGUUUCUCAUCAGCCAAGAUGAUCCCCCUGUACGCCAGCACAGGGCAACAGAUCUGAAUAAUUCUCAGCACCACACCAAUGGAAUCCUUUAUAUUACAGCUUGUGUUACAGAGAUGUCCACAGGAUUAUUUUCCUGCGGUAGCAAACUGGCUUAA